AUGUAUCCGGCGGGCCGAGUCGCCGUCGCUUCCCUGCGCACUCUUCCCACAGCCGCUGGGCACAUCGUCUCACGCGCCCGAGCCUCGUUAGUGUCGAACGGCAGCGGCGCACAUCGUGGCGCCGUCGUAGGCUUGUCCGGCACCCGCCAAGUCUGUUCAGGGCAUCCCAAUUCAAGCCAGAGGAACCCACCCCACGCCGCGCACCGCGCUCCGUGCCUCUCCUCCCUGCCCGUCACCGCGCAUCCCUAUCUCCUCUCGCGGCCGCUCUCCGCGCAUCGCAUGGACGCGCCACGGCCCUCCGCGGCAGCAGCAACGGCAGCGGAGGGCGUUGGGAGGGAGAAGAUGACGGAUGGCGCCGUGUCAGAUGCUGCCAUCGCGAUGACUUCAGACGGCCGCAUUCGCCUGGCGUCCUUCCAGCAGCGCGAUGGCGAGGCCACAGUGGGGGUGGUGCGAGAUGCGCGCAUCUGGCCGCUGCAUGAGUGCGUGCAGCAGCCCUCCUCUCUGCCCGCCUCCGUCGACCUGCACUGCAUGGCGUCCGUCAUUGCCGCCUGGCCGGACAUCCGUGCCCGGCUAAACUUUGAGAAGCUGCCCGAGGGGCAGGGGCAGCUGCUGUGCGAGAGCCAUCUGCUGGCACCUCUCCCCCGCCCUGCAGGGGCCAUCAUGUGCAUUGGGAAGAACUACGAGGAGCAUGUGAAGGAGGUGGACACGUGGAAGACUGCUCCCCAUAUCACCCAACCCAGCAUCCCCACUCACCCCAUCGUGUUCACCAAGGCACCCCAGUCCGUGACAGGGCCCGGCACGGCCAUCCGCAUUCCACACGGCCACUCCGAGUCGGUGGACUACGAGGCAGAGCUGGCAGUGAUCAUUGGGAAACCCGGUCGAGGCAUCAAGGCAGACGCCGCCAUGGACCAUGUCUUUGGCUACACCAUUUUGAAUGAUGUGACGGCAAGAGAUGUGCAGAAGCGGCACCAGCAGUGGUUCCUCGGCAAGAGCUGCGACACCUUCUGCCCCAUGGGCCCUUGGAUCGUGCCAGCAUCGGAGAUCAAUGGCCAGGAUCUCCACAUUCGCUGCUGGAUCAAUGAUGAGCUCCGGCAGAAUGCGCGCACCACACAGCUUAUCUUCCCCAUCCCCACACUCAUCGCCACCAUUUCUGCCGCCAUCACUCUGCAACCUGGAGACAUCAUUGCCACCGGCACCCCUGCUGGCGUGGGAUCAGGCUUUGACCCACCAAGGCAUCUCAAGCCAGGGGAUUCAGUGCGCAUUCAGAUCGAGAAUGUCGGGGAACUGACCAACCGCGUGGAGUGA